CCUCUUGCGACACAGCCACGCAGGAUAAGAAUCAGGAAUCAGAAUCCUCUGUUACUCGCUGGGAAGAACCGACUUUACCACGAUGCUCUUGUUCGUCUUUGGUCUCAUCACCUUGUCAGUUCUCGGCACUAAGGGCGAUAAAGACGCUCUUCUAUACAGGGUGGACAUCUCCUUGCCCCCUGUGGAGGGGAGGGACGAGACAGCGGAUAUACUGUCGAUUAAGGAGACAGUGAAAGGUCUAACUGAUGUCGAUGUUCUAUUUUCCUUUAAGGAGCUCGGAAACCCAAAGAUAGUUCUUGUUCUUGACGUUGAGAAAGCCUGCAGUUGGCCCCAGUUGACAGGCUAUCUAUCAAGCCAGGGAUAUGUGUUCAGUGUGGAGGCACUCUACCACUGCAGUGACUACGCUCAGGAGCUUGGCGUCAACAUCCCCAAGGACAUGUGGGCAACAUCUUUCGGGGACGAGGAACUUAUCAUUGACGUGAACACAUUUCCUGUAAAAGAUUUGUCAACACUUGAGUACAACAAUCAGAUGAAGUGGAAAUUCGAGAGGGAUAUGGACAUACUCAAAUCCGGUCAGAAGGGCGCGUGUUUCAGAACUCUCGCAGACUUCCCUGUUCAGCUCAUGUACUUUGCCCCAGUUAACUCUUCUGGCAUUGAUGCAAUGGAAGAAUUUGUGCAUGCACCUGGGAACCUUGUGUCUGAAAUCACCCAAAUCCAAAACCUUGAGUAUUACACAGGACAGUGCUAAUGGAUAUGUGAGGUAUCCUCAGCAGGCAUUGUUCCAGUCUGAUGUAAUAAUGAUGUACGUUGACUUACAUCUUGAUAGAUCCUGAACUGGAUUUCUGAGGGGAAACCCAAAUGGAUGAUUAAUCGUGUAAUUUCUUGACUCGAAUAAAAAUAAUCAUAUCGUC